AUGUUGGAUGAUCAUGUUUUGGCACAAGCGGCAAUCAUCUUUGAAGUGGGCUGGACUUGGAUGAGAUUGGGCGUCGUUGGUUCCGGUGCCCUUGGUGCAGAGGAUAAGACUCUGAAGGAUCCGUGGGAGGGAAAGAAACCUGCAUGUCGAUUUCUUUCAUUCAUCGCACAUGGGCUGGAUGUGCCUGGGAUGACAUGCCACAUAUUGUUUCUGGUUCUGUGGGGUGUCCCUGUGAACAGGCUUUGGUCACGCGGCAUGGCCUUGGGCUCUUUUCGAGCGAAUGCUAUCGGCAGCGGCUGCUGUUUUCGAGGACAGGAGUUCUCUUUUCUUUUUAUUGGUGUCGUUACCGAAUUGGACCUUUAA